UCCACCAAGGAUGAUAAUCACAGAGCCAGUAACCUUGUCAAUAGUGAUGGGAACAAUAGAUGGCUAUCUCAUCCAAAAGAUAAAAGUGGAAAGCUAGAAUUAGUAUUACAGCUGGAGGAAGCUUGCACACUGUCUUACAUUGAUAUAGGUAAAUAGUUUCCAUUUAUAUAUUGUUUUUAUUGCUGUUCUUACUUUAAAAAAACCAGAAACCAUAAAUUAUUAAAGCUACAAAUAAUCUUGAAGUAUUUUGCCAUUAUAAUAUUCAGUGCUAUACUUUUCUCACAGAGAGAUGUAAUGGAUAAUUGUGAAAGAUUUUGUGGUCUCGAGCUGCUUAGGUUUAUUAUUAAAAAUCUAUUAUCUUUAUCUCAAAUACAUAGGGACAACCUGGUGUUCCAGCUUAGAGGUUCGUGUUGGCCGAUCCGACUGGCCUCAAUCCAUGGAGUUCAAGUCCUUAAUUCCAAGUGUUGUUUUAAUGUCUCCAGUCGAUUGUAGACUUGGGCGUGCAACAAGCUGCACAAAAAUGUUUUCGAAAGGUAAAUUUUGUUUACCUCUUUAAAUUUAUGUUUCUAAUUUAUAAGAUAAGAUAUAAGAAGAAUCUUUUUCAUUCAUCCAUAUAAUUGGAAAUGAUUUAUUGUCCCUAUUCAUUUUCAGCUCAUGGAUACCAAUUCUAACCAAGACAACAUUUUUAAAAUAGAUCAAUUAAAACAUCACUCAAGUGCAAAAAUUAGCCAUCUUAUACCAUAAAACCUCAAUCCCUUAGUGACAUUGACAAUAUUGAUUUCAAGAGUGAUUGUUUGAUUUUGAAACAGCAGUGGGAGCAUGCUGGUAAUUUCUAACAGAUUAGGAAAUGAAAGAAUUUUUAAAAAGUAUUUAAAAUUGUUCUCUCGUCCUUCUGUAUACGUAGAAGAAAAAAAAAGAAUUAUGAACGUAAUGUUUACAUUUUACAGCUGAUUUCUCAAAAGAGAUAGCAACACAGCAAUGGGAUCGUUUACAGAUAAUUUGUAGACAACCUUUCAGGCGAGAUGUUCAAACUGGAAUUUCUUUCAUACGAAUAAAAAGUGUUGAAGCAGAAAAAGCUGUGUCCCCAAGAAAAAACAACAAUUCAGAAAUUGACUCAAAUGUCACACGUUUACAGAAGCAUAUAUUUGGUAAU